AUGUGCUUCGAGAAGGAGUUUGCCGCCAACCAACAGGCUAAUUCGUUAGCACGUCUCAAGCCGACGCUUCCACAGCAUAUUCGCGAAAGAAAACGCAUCCGUGGACAACCGGCAGCACCACUGUGGACGCUCUCGGUGAGGCAAAAUGGAGCACGAGCCGAGGUCCUCGCUGGCUGCCCCGUCUCUUUCACCCGUCGCGCCCGAGACCUUGACUCGUGA